AUGGCGGUUAAGAUUUUAUGGUCUUUUGUCAUAAUUUGUGGUGUGCUGUGCGAAAACUACAUUUCGGAACCGAAAGUGAGAAUUUUGCAAGGAACCGUAGUAGGAUCAACUACCAAGGAGGGUUACUAUAAAUUUUCUGGUAUUCCGUUCGCAGAUUCUACAUCUGGUAUCAACAGAUUUAAGGCUCCUUCACCACCUCCCACAUUUCGAAGUGAGUUCAUCUCAAAUCGAGAAGAUGUCAAAUGUGUGAGACCUAUGGGUGAUGGUUACGAAGGAACCGAAGACUGCUUGGCAGUGGACAUAAUGACACCAACGCUUGAUAGAACUAAGAAAUUACCUGUGAUGGUGUGGAUAAGAGGCACUGAAUUCAAUUCAAGAGAUGACUUAGACCAAUCUUUAAGAUUCGUUGAAAAAGACGUUAUUGUGGCGCGCAUCCCUUACAGAGAAUCAAUUCUUGGGUUUUUAUGUCUAGGUACUGAAAAUGCUCCUGGUAAUGCUGGACUUAAAGACAUUAUUGCAGGAUUAAAAUGGAUUCAAGAAAAUAUCGAACGUUUUGGCGGAGAUCCUGAUAAUGUUACACUAGUAGGACACGGCAGUGGUGCGUCUGCUGUCGAUUUAAUCACACUUUCCCCAUUAGCAGAAGGUCUAGUUCACAAAGUUAUAUCUCAGAGUGGAACGGCGCUGUCCCCGUGGGCUGUAACCCGUAAUAAUUUACGAUAUGCUAUUGAAGUUGCAGAAGCUCUAGGUCAUACGGUUACUACUAUAGAACAACUGUCAGAUGUUUUAACUCAAGCUAGUACAGCAGCAUUGAUGGCCGUUAUCAAUAAACUUGAUCUUACAGACAAUUCACUAGCAUUUGCUCCAUGUAUAGAAAAAGAAAUAGAAAACGUAACACCACUAAUGUUAAAGUCCCCUUAUGAAAUAAUAACGAACGGAGAACAAAUACAAAUUCCUUUCAUGACAGGAUUUGUCGACUUUGAAGGUACUAUACGAAUCAAUGAGGGUAUAAAUAAGGAUUGGUUGGAAAGAAUGGAUGAUUCUUUUACGGAUUUCUUACAAUCUGACAUUGGUUUUGAAUCUAUUGAACAAGAAGAGGAAACUGCAGAAAAAAUAAGGACUGCUUAUUUCGGGAAUGGGCCAGUCAAUGAAAGUCUAUUUAACAACUUUCUGAAAUAUAAUGGUGAUACAAUGAUAUUAGUAUCAGCUAUAAGAGAGGCACGUUUUCGAGCAUUAUUAUCAGAUUCAGAUGUGUAUCUUUAUCAAUUUUCUUAUAGAGGAAGUCGUAGUGAAGAAGUUCUUAGUAGACCAAUAGAAAUUUCCAGUGCAGGUCAUUUAGAAGAAUUGGUGUACAUGUUUUCUAAUGAGUUAACUGGUUUAGAUCUUACGAUUGGAAACCUCCUUGUUGAACGUUGGACAAACUUUGCUAAAACUGGAAUACCAACAAGUGAAACAUCUCAAGUAGAAUGGUUGCCAUAUUAUCCUAAUUCGACUCACAGUAAUUUUCUAAGAAUUUCUGAUGAUGAAGAAAUUCUUACAAGUGAAGACGCUUAUUUCGAUGCAAACUGGAGAAAUCCACAACCAACGACUAUGGCGUUUUGGGAUGAAAUCUAUUCUCAGUUUUUUGUUGAUGCUAAGAGUAGAUUUACCAUGAAAAGUAGGAAUGACACUGGGGAAGACGACCCAGAACCAGGAGAAGAUGACAAUGACUCUGCUUCUACUGCUGUCGGAUACACAUUUCUCAUUAUCUCGCUUUUUGCGGUUUUAGAUAAGUUUCACAACUCACAAAUACUUUCGUAAAAACAUACUUGGUAGCUAUUAUUUCUACCGUUUCAGUUCAUAUUAUAUUAAAUUAAUAUAAUAUAUAAAACUGUUGCAGUUUUAACUAUU